AUGCCAACAUUUCUUCGUGUUUAUUCAAAUAUUCAAUCAAAUCCAAUGUUAAAAAGAGCUAUUGAAUAUUGUUGUAGACAAUUUUUUAUUUUACAUCGUAUACCAUUUAUAUUACAAAUGCUUGGUAGUAUAUCACAAUUACUUGAUUUUGAUGAACAAGCUGAUGUUACGGAUACAAAUAAAAUUCAACCAAUUAAUUUAUUUCGUUUAUUAAUUGCUUUAGAACAAACAACUGUUGAUGCUAUGCGUGAUGAUUAUUCAAUAUUAGAAUUAGUUAAAGAUGAUUCAUCAUCAAAUAAAACAACAUCAAUUAUUACACCAACAACAAUGCCUAUAGCAAAUAUGACUGUUGUUGCAGCACUUGGUCAAGGAAAUAUGAUUGCACCAUCAACUAUUAAAACUUUAGAUUUUUGUUAUGCAGAUGAUGAUACAAUUUUUACUUUACUUAAUUGUAUUGAUGUUUGUGUUACUGUUGUUGCAUAUGCACCUGAUUCAAUUCGAUCAUUACAAAUGCUUGGUAUAAUAGAUUUACUUUUACCAAAAUAUUUAGAAUAUUUAAAAGAUCGUACGAAUAAAAAUGAUACUCAAAAAUAUGGUCGUGAAGAAAUAAAAAUAAUUGAAAAAUUAUCAGUUGCUAUUAAAACGAUGAUAAGUGCAUCAGAAUCUUUAAC